UUGUUUUUGUUGACUAAAAAGUUGAAAGUGCCGGGCGGAACUGCCAUCGUGUCUAAUUUUAUCUACCAUUUACAUCUUGUAUAUUUAAUUUCAUGUGCACAUAGAAUUAAUUAUAAAUUUCCAAAAUGUCUGAUCAAAACGUAUUAGACAAAUCUCUAAGAUCUGUUUUCGUGGGAAACAUUCCUUAUGAAGCAACGGAAGAAAGAUUGAAAGAAAUUUUUAGCGAAGUUGGGCCAGUUCUUUCAUUCAAGUUAGUCUAUGAUAGAGAAACAGGGAAACCUAAAGGUUAUGGCUUUUGUGAAUACAAAGAUCAAGAGACUGCCCUAAGUGCUAUGCGGAACUUGAAUGGCUGUGAAAUCAGCGGAAGGAGCUUACGAGUAGACAAUGCUUGUACAGAAAAGUCUCGUUUGGAAAUGCAGUCUCUCAUGGCUGGACCUCAAUCUGAAAGUCAAUAUGGUGAGCCUGUAAGUGCUGAAAAAGCCCCUGAGGCUAUUAGCAAGGCUGUUGCCUCCUUACCACCAGAACAGAUGUUUGAGUUAAUGAAGCAAAUGAAACUAUGUGUCCAGAACAAUCCUGCCGAAGCGCGGACUAUGCUUCUACAGAACCCUCAGUUGGCAUAUGCUCUCUUACAAGCUCAAGUUGUAAUGCGGAUAGUGGAUGCGCAGGUUGCUGUGUCGAUGUUACAUGCUGCAAAUCCUCCAGUGACACCUCUGCAGAUUCCAUCACAACCGGCUCCACCCUUACCAGGACGACCUGCUGACCAUGUCAAUGACCAAUGGACCCAACCUCAACCUGGAUCGCGUCCUGGACAGCUUCCCCCUCCCCCUGCUUUUAUGUCUCAAGAUUUAGAUUUACGGACAAUGGAUCCCAGAAACCGUUCAGGAAAUUCUGCAGACCAAGACCUCAGGAUGCCACCAAGCAUGUCAGGUUACCCGCCAGCAAAUGAGUAUCCACCGCGUAUGCCAGCUCAGAGACCUGCCAUGCCAGAACCUAUUCCUCCACCUCCUUCAGCACCUCCUGAACGAUUCCCACGUGACCCGAGAGAUCCAAGAGCAAUGGCUUCUACAAACGCAACUAAUGUUGGACCAGUGCCAGCCCCUGCAAGGCCUCCUGUCCCACCGGCAGCAUCUUCUGCUAGUCAAGCUCCUCCCAGAGCUGUGCCUCCUCCAGCUGCCUCAAAUCCGGAUAGUGAAAAGACUGCGUUGAUCAUGCAAGUAUUACAGUUAACCAAUGAACAGAUUGCUAUGUUACCUCCUGAGCAACGACAGAGUAUCUUAGUCUUGAAGGAACAAAUCGCAAAAAGCACACAACAGCGUUAAUUGAGCUCGAGUUUUCUUCUUAGGCAUAUAAUUAUUCCAUCUAAAAAUUCAAUUUGAAUCUUGUAAAUAUAUUUUGUUUUUAUUUUUACAUCUAGUUCAUACAGAGGCUGUAUGUUUCAUAAAUAAAUUCAGUUGCACUAAC